ACUAACAGUUUAUGUUUGACAAUAAAAACUGGAGUGUUUAAUAGCAGUAAAUCUUGAAAAAGAUUAAAAAAAAAAAAGAAAAAUGAAAAUCAAGUGUCGUCUCCGCCACCCAAAACCCAAAACACUGGCAUAACCCGCCCAACUCAAUUACCCCUUUCUGGACAAGAAAAAUUCCCAGAUUCUUUUUCACCAAAACUCAACUGCGUGUCUGCGACUACGAGAGUAGUAGUAAUACAGUGCCUUGCUUCAUUCUUCCAAGAAAGAAGAACACAACCCUGCUGCUGAACCUGAGACUUCCCCACCAUUACUUUUCUUUUUCCCCCCUUCCCUUCCUAGCUUCCAUUAUCGUCCCUUUCUCUCACACCUCAUUUUGUUUAUGUCCCUUAUUUAACCCAGCAUACAAAGUGUUUGUUUUUUUUCCUUUCAAUUUUUUUUUUUUUUAUGUAACCUGGCUGACACUCUUGCUCGGACGUCGACGAUGAGGAGGAGAAGGUGCACCAGACUUCUUCCCGUUCUGUACUUGCUUUGAAUUUCUCCUCCCGCCAUCAUCUCAGCCGUCGCUCUUCACUUGAGGGUGUCUUUGCCAUUAUCAUUCCUCUUCAUCAGUGCAUUUAUUGCUCACGGUGGUGGUGAAAUCAUGGGAACCACAUUCAAUACUCAGAUUUUGGUGGAGAAGCUGGCAAGGAUGAAUUGUUCACAGCAAAGUAUUGAGAGUAUCCUUGGCUUUUCUAUGGUGGUGGCCAGUUGGCCAGUUGCAUGCCGUUCUCCUUGUUUCCUUAUCAUUGCAAUUGUCGAUAAUUUUGAUAUUUUUUUUCCUUAAAGCAAUUAAGCGCUAUCACAUUGGUGUAUUUUUCACAUGCACAAAGCCAAACAAGUUGUUGAAACAUGGGAUAGACAGUUUCAUUGUUCUCCUCGUGAGCAGAGAUUGGCUUUUCUAUAUCUUGCAAAUGACAUACUUCAGAAUAGCAGGCGAAAGGGUUCAGAGUUUGUUGGUGAGUUCUGGAAGGUUCUCCCUGAUGCACUUCGAGAUGUGAUUGAAAGUGAAGACGAGUUUGCAAGGAAUGCAGCUAUAAGGAUGGUUAGUAUAUGGGAGGAGAGAAAGGUCUUUGGUUCUCGAGGGCAUAUUCUGAAAGAAGAGUUUGUAGGAAAGCAAGCUGAUAAUGGUAAUAGGGAAGGGAAACAUCACACAAUGUACAAACUGAGACAAGUAGCUGGAAGUGCUUUGGACAGAAUAGUUUCAAGUUAUCAAAUUGUUUCUGGUGGGCAAGUGAAUGAAGAUUCUGUAAUGUCGAAAUGCAGGAAUGCAAUAAGCUGUAUUGAGAAAGUUGGCCAGGAAGUUGGAGGUGAUUCUAGAUCAGGGCCACUUAAUUCUGGAUCAGUUAGUGUGGAUGAGGUUAAGGGGCAGCUUUCCGUAUUGAGGGACUGUAUUGAGCAGCUGACUUCGAUUGAGUCAUUAAGGGCUAAUCUCGUGACAUAUCUGAGAGAGGCUCUUCAGGAGCAGGAGUAUAAACUUGAUCAAGUGCGCAAUCAGCUGCAGGCUGCUCAUGUCCACUCUGAGCAGGCGGAUGAUAUCUGCAGACGGUUCAUAAGCAGCGACAGUGGUGCUGAACAAGACUGCAAGGAAACUCACCUUUCUCCACCCCUUGAUUUUGCAUCAUCUGGAAAUAAAGAGCAAUCGGCUCCUGUAAUGUACAGCGGACAGGUCUCAUAUAGUGAAAAACCAGUUGAAGAAGAACCAAAGUCUGCUGCUGCUGCUGUGGCUGCAAAGCUAACAGCAUCAUCGUCCUCAGCGCAGAUGUUGACUUAUGUACUAUCUUCCCUGGCAUCCGAGGGCGUUAUAGGAAAUCAUGCGAAAGAAUCCUCUUCUUCCUCUGGCGAUUAUCUUCACUCUGAAAAACGGCCUAAGCUUGAGAACAAUGACCAUACCUUGUAUAUCCCUCAGAACCCUCAAGGCCAUCAGACGGCGGUUCCACCUUAUUCCCAACCAGAGCAACCUCCACUUCCGCCCUCAUCUCCUCCACCAUUGCCACCUCUUCCACCGAUGCAGCCAUAUCCUGUACCACAAUAUAUGCCAUCUGCUGCUGCAAUGAGUACUGGACCUUAUGGAUAUGGAGCAAUUCAGCAGCUACAGUCGUCACCUAGUUAUCCUCCUCCUGGUCCUCCAGGUAAUGGGUUCCCGGCCUCAGUCCCGGUUCCGUCAGGAAGUGCAUACCAGAACUAUCCUGCUGAUGGUGGUAAUAGCUUCUAUAGUCAGCCGAUGGCCCCUGUAACUCGUCAGUGAGUUUAGUAUUAUUAUUUCUUUUCCUCAUCGCUGCAUCGCUUAGGGAGCUAACAACAUUUCAGGACAAAGAGCAUUCGUGUUGGGGGGCUCUUUCUGCAUUUAUAAGUUGAAAGUUUGUAGGGAUUUUUGAACAGGAACAUUGUUUGGGGAGUUGUUUUUUCUUUUGACUUGGUAGAGAACAAAAACAUGGUGAUGGAAUACAAUUGGGGGAGGGAGAAGGGGGUGUCGAAGUUUUGAAUCUUGGUAUACUUCCCCUUUUGAAUUUAGAAUAUUGUAAGUAAUGUGUAAUCUUUAUUGUUGGUUUUGAAAGAGGGGUAAAAUGAAAACUUUUGGUGUGGGGAAAAGGAAAAUGGGUAGUCUAGCAAGUUUCCUUCCCCAUAUUUAUUUUUAUUUGAUGUGAGUGAGUGUGUAUGGAUGAGUAAUAUAGUUCAAGUCUGUUGUUUUGUUGUACCGGAAAUCGGAGGAGCAAUUUGAUUGUGUUUCAUCAAUGAAGACCGGAGAUGAGAAAGAGAGAGAGAUAGGGGUGUUUGAUUGGUUCAGGCUGAGAGGAGGGAAAAGGCAAUUUUGGAAUGGCAAAAAAAGUAUUCAAAUAGCUUCCUCUGUUCCAAACUCAUUAAUUCUUAUAAGUGAAAAUUAGUGUGACGCAAAAGCUGCAGUGUGAUACAUACCGGGAAAUACAUGUAGGAUCUUAUAUGUAUGACACUGGUAAUUAAUGGUGAUAUUAUCUACGAAUUAUAUAAACGUAACCCUGACCGAAAUAGUAGUACCGCAUAUAAUUGGAUUCGUUAAUUCAGCUCUGCUUCCUUCCUUCCUAUUAAC